UAAUUUGUCCAAGUGGCAGCACUUUAAGUGUUUUGUCAUCGUAUUCACCCUAUGUAUUUAAGUUAUUAUUUUUGAAAGAUAAAUUGAAUUUCUGACCUGCUCACCGCUUUAUUGAAUAAAUUCUUAUUACUAAUUUAAUUUAAUUGAUACAAUAAUGGAAGAAUUUAAAAUUGCUAUCAAUGAAAAAAUAACAUUGAUUGAAAACUUCAUAGCGCUAAGUUUACGUCGUGAAAAAGUACACAAUGUUUCCUCCAAAUUAAUAAAAGAAACCAAGGAACUACAGAAACUUAUGGAUCAAGUGAGGAAAGCUAUUAAAGAAGAUAUUAACAAAGUGGAUGAACAACAUGGUCGUUUAAUAAUUCGUAUGCAAAGGCAGCAGGGUGCGAUUUUGGAAUAUGUGUUGGCAGAGCGUCGAAGGAAGUUUGAGGAAGCUCAAAAGAGAGACAAUGAAGUGUUGGCCGCUUUCAAUGCUUCAAACGCACCGCGGACUGCAGAAAGAAUGCCUAUAACGGCAAUAGAAAAGGGAUUAGAUAAUCUAAAUUUGCAUACUAAUGCUAUAACACCUAAACUUACAUUAAGCAGUUAUAAGGAAUCACCAUUAGUGAAACAAAGAAAUCUUAAUCCAAUACCUUUCACAUUUUUAGACUUCGAAUACCGUAUAACACCCAAACAGUUUGAGUCAAUACCAAAAUAUAUGCGCGGUCGGGAAUCUGUUGAUGAACUUCGGAACUUUCUAGACAAUGUCAUAGUUCCGUGUUUUAAUAAAAAGUAUCAGCUAAUACAUCGCCAACGAAAUACAGUGCGCAAUCGACAUGAUUUAGAAUUGUGGAAAGUGUACAAUCAACAGUCGACUUAUGUUCCAGGACGAAAUUUCAUUACGGCGGGCGAUAUUUCACAACAAGUUCAUAAGAUGCUGGAUAAAAAACAACAGAAUCGAAUUGUGAUGCUGCGGCAUUUGGGUAUUCUACAGGAGCAGCGCGUGUUGCAGACUGUAUGUUAUAUAUGGAAUGCUGAUAUUUUGUAGAUAAUUGAAGUUAUUAUUCAGUUGUAUUCUAAUAAAAAGGGCGUGUUUGCAACAAAAGUGCAGUUCUCCACGGAAAUAAAGUAGGAGGGUUUGUGAAUUGAGUUAAAUAUGGGUUCUGGUAAAGUAGAACCGGCUGUUACGGCAAUUAUUUGGAUGCAACUUCUUAAAUUUCCUUCAAACAUUUAUAAAAAAUGCAAAUUAUAAAUAUAAAAUAAAUAAAUAAUUUAUUAUGCUAAACUAUAA